UACUUAUGUGUUGCAUCAUGCAUUUUUACACUUAGGGCACAUCAUUUAGAUUUUAAUUUUUGUUUUUAAAUUUUCGUACCUUUAAUUGUGGUGAUCGCUGGAGGACCCUAAGGUGCGUUAAUUUCUUUCUUUUCUCUAGAUUAAAACACGUAGUUUAGAGCAUCCAUAAUUGUUUAUAGCUUUUAUUAUCUCGUUGUGUGGUGCAUCAUUUUAAAUAAAUCUUAAGGGCAAAACCCACUCACAAGAUAAGGGAAGGGAUUUCAUCACUCUUUCCUUGGCCCACAACGACUUAAUCCUUCAUUUUGCAUUCCCUAGCCUUUUAAUAAAAUUGAAUUAGACAUUAGCCCCUAGGUUUCGCGCUCAAUUAGGAAGGUACCUAAAGAACGAGGUAAUCUUUAAUUAUUCCGACUCUUCGGUGUCUAAGGCAAGCGAAAGCUUACCUGGCCGAUUAAGGUUUGGUGUCUAAGCGCGGAGAUUGGCCUCUUGGCAAUGCCUGCUCCAAACUGGCCAGACCGGUCCGAAUAAUUUUGGAUUUAUCGAGUUUUUGGUGGUCCUUAACGUUAGGAGCAAGGUCUAGUUCAUUUUUAUUAGGGAACCCUAGAAUUAAGUUUUUCUUUCACUUUUACACCCUUUCUUUUGUUUGUUUUAUUUCUUCGCACUUAUUUGCUACGUGUUUACUAUCUAGUUUAUGCGAACUACUUGGGUUAGGAACGAAUCUUCUAGAUUAAUUAGACCGAUCAUCGAAAUUCCUUCUUCGUCCUCUUCGGACUCCGAACCCAUAGAAGCUAGCGAACCGAUAGUAAACAUGGCGUUGUCUCUUAAAGACCGAUGUUACCCGUCCCGUUCCGCUCAACCUUCGUGCAUCACCCUUCCUCCUGUUAAUGGGAAUAAUUUCGAGAUUAAGGCACAUCACAUUAGUAUGUUGCCUAAAUUUUUAGGGAGUGAAGGUGAGGAUCCCUAUCUUUUUAUUCAAGAAUUUGAGGAGGUUUGCGGUUUGCAAAAACUCCAACAAUUGAGCGAAGAUUCCAUUCGGCUUAGACUAAUCAACUUUGCUUUAAAAGAAAAUGCUAAAAAAUGGUUGUAUAGUCUACCCGUCAAUUCUAUUUCCACUUGGGAGGGGUUUGUGGUAAUGUUUCUUAAAAAGUAUUUUCCAAACCAUAAAACGACUCGAAUUACAAAUGAAAUAAAUCAAUUCCAUCAAAGGGAAAAUGAGUCAUUUUGGAAAUUUUUUGAUCGUUUCAAAAAUCUUUUAUCACAAUGCCCCCACCAUGGAAUAGAGAAAUGGAGACUUUGUAAGAUUGUGUACGAGGCCUUAGAUAGUCAAACAACCGCUUUGUUAGAGUCUAUGUGCCAAGGCAAGUUCAUGGAAAAAGAUGAGGACCAAGGGUGGGAAUUUUUCGAGGACUUAGCCGAGAAAACAAUGUUAUGGGAGUCCACUAGGGAACCUAAAAAGUCGAUCGAGGCGUCUAGCUCUAGGGGUUUGCACUCGAUAGGAAACAAUGUGGCAACCGAUGCCAAAUUAGCAACCCUUACUAAGCGACUCGAGGCUUUAGAGUCUCAUAGUGGCCCCUCAUCUUUGCCUAUGUUCCCGAACUAUAAUGCUCCCCAUCCCGAGAUCCAACAAUCUCACGAUUUUGAGCAAGUGAACGCAAUGUUCCAACCCAAGCCUAGAAAUGAUCCUUUUGCACCUACUUACAACCCCGGGUGGAAGAAUCACCCGAAUUUCUCGUGGAACCAAGGGCAAAAUUUUCAAACUCCACAACCUAAUUUCCCUAGGCCCAAUCCCAAUUCUUUUCCGAAUUAUCAAAACCCGAGUCAAGCUCCGUUAAAUCCUCCCGGUUUUAAUGAUUCGGAUAAGAGACUCAAUUCCUUAGAAAAGAGCAUAGAGGCCUUAGUGAAAUCGCAAACUAACUUGACCCAAUCCCAACAAACUUUCAUGCAAACUUUAACUCAAGAUAGGCAACUUUUGCAUUCUAAUGUGCAAGCCGUCUCUAAGUUAGAGUCCCAAUUGAGUCAAUUAGCAAGCACGUUGUGUGAACGAGAAAAGAACAAAUUCCCAAGUCAACCGGAGCCGAACCCAAAAUUUCCACUUAAUCAAAGACCCCCGGAUAAUGUGCAUUCGGUCAUUUCUCUUAGGUCGGGUAAACAAGUUGAUACCCAAGUUGGUGAGAACCUCGGUAAGAAAGGGGAUUCGACUUCUAACCCAAGUCCACCCCGCACUACCAUUAAUCAUGACAAACCCGAGUGUUCAAAAGCCCGUGAGGAGUCGAGUGACCCAAACCCGGAACCCGAGUUGCAAAGUGAAGUAGUCUAUAAACCGAGAGUCCCUUACCCACAAAGACUUAUUUCACCGAAGCAAUCGGCUCAAAUGGAGAAGAUUUUGGAAGUGUUUAAGCAAGUCAAGGUCAACAUACCCCUUUUAGAUGCAAUUCAACAAAUUCCUUCCUAUGCUAAGUGUCUUAAGGAGUUAUGUACCCAUAAGAGAACCAACCAUGUCCCUAAGAAAGCUUUCCUUACAUCUCACAUUAGUUCGAUUCUCUCAAACCAAAUUCCCGUGAAAUACAAGGACCCCGGUUGUCCUACAAUUUCAUGUGUCAUAGGAGAAACUUUUGUGGAUAAGGCGUUACUUGAUUUAGGGGCUAGUGUUAAUCUCCUUCCAUAUUCUGUCUACCAAGCCUUAGGUUUAGGGGAGCUCCGACAAACCAACUACAUCCAACGCGUUGAUUAA